AUGGAGACAUACUUGCAAUAUCAGCGAAUCCGGCGAGCGGUUCGCCAAACUCUGUCGAAUAUCGAAGAGAAAUGUACUUGUGAAGGCUAUACGGUCGGUUUCGUGCAUAAGCCCAGCUGCCAGUUAGGCUCUUUUGAUAGCACCCGAGAAAAACAGCCUUCCGGGCCUACCAUCGACGCGAGCUGCGACGUGAUCGCCGUUGGCUGGGAUGGACCCGAUGAUCCCCUGAAACCUGCCAACAUGAGCGUACAGCGAAAGCUAGCCCUGACGCUCUUAGUGUCUCUGAUUGCAGUAGCUGUGACUGCGACAUCUGCAAUCGAUGCUUGCGGGCUGCGGGAAUAUAGUAAAGACUUUCAAAUAUCAGAGGUAGUUGGAUCCCUUGCGACGGGUUUGUUCUUAGUAGGCUUUGCGUUCGGCUCUCUCCUAUCCGGGCCUUUCUCCGAGACGUUUGGGCGCAACGCGGUGUACUCGACGACAAUGCUGGUGUUCUUGAUCUUUAUCAUGGCUGCAGGCUUGGCACCAAAUUUGCAGAGUCAUCUCAUCUUCCGUUUUCUCGCCGGGCUUUUCGCUUCGACGCCGCUGAGCUGCGCGGGCGGUACUGUGGCCGAUCUGUGGAAUCCCGUCGAGAAAGCCUACGCUUUUCCCGUAUACGCUAUCCCGGCCUUCUCGGGACCAAUGCUUGGACAAAUGAUUGGCAGUUACAUUCCGACAACGAUAGGGUGGCGCUGGCUGGAGUGGAUGAUGCUGAUUCUUGGUGGUGCCGUUCUGGUGGCUGUUCUCCUUUUGCAGCCCGAGACCUACGGCAGUCUUAUCCUGUACUGGAAAGCGAAGAUCCUACGAGAAAUGACCGGCGACGAGCGGUACCGGGCUCCCAUGGAAAUUGAGCAUGAAGGGCUCGCGCACCGGCUCCGGACCUCGAUCUACCGGCCCUUCGCCAUGUUCUAUUCCGAAUUGAUCAUCAUCCUGGUCUCUCUCUACCUGACAAUCCUUUACAUCGUCCUUUUCACCUUCCUGGAAGGCUACAGCUUCAUAUUCGGCGAGACCUACGGCAUCUCAGAAGGUCUGACUAGUCUAUGCUGGGCCGGCAUGCUGGUCGGCUCCCUGCUGGUCAGCUGCAUUGUACCGCUCAUCUACUCCUGGACCGUUAAAGAAUACGCCAAAACCUCCGUCAUUAGGCCGGAAACCCGGCUCUGGUACGCGAUGCUCGGCGGGGCACCUGCCGUCCCGGUGAGCUUGUUUUGGAUGGGUUGGACCAGCAACCCCUCCAUCUCGAUCUGGUCUCCUCUUGUGGCUUCAGUGCUGUUUGGGUACGGGAUCACCACCAUUUUCAUCAUCUCGUACAUGUAUCUCAUCGACGCGUAUGACACAUAUUCGGCGUCGGCUCUGGGGUUCCUGGUGUUCACACGAUACGUGGUGGCGGGCGGGGUCACGGUGGCUGGGAGUCCGAUUUACCGUGCUAUCGGGGUGCAUUAUACUCUGACUAUCCUGGGUGCGAUUAGUGGGGUCAUGACUGUCGUCCCGUACUUGCUGUAUGUCUUUGGGCCGAGAAUUCGACGGAAGAGUAAGUAUGCGGUUAAUGUUGAUCCGCAAUGAUGGGUUCACUUUCUGUCUGGUGAUGGAUGGAGGGUUGGUAUUUGAGGUGCUAGGUCGUAAAGGGCGGCGCUGGUUCGAUUAUAUUAGAAGGUCCGUUUAGUGCGAUAGAUGGCGAAAGGAUGAUAGAGUGAGUCUAUACGUCCAGCUGAUGUAGGGGUCGCAGUUAGUGUUGCAUUCUACUGCAGAUAUUAGUGAC